AUGGCGGACUCGGACGGAGAAUAUGACAGUCAUGGCUCAGACGACAAUGGAAAAUCCGGCAACGGCAAAGGCCGUGCGAUGCCUUCUAGGACGAAAGGCAGGGCGCAGGCCAGCUGGGAGGCCGGUGCUACUCGAAGUUAUGAGAUGCAAGAAGCACCAGACGGGAGUAUAGAAGGCAUGCUAGGCGGCAUUGAAGAGGCGGGAAAACGAAAGAGACUCCUCAAAGACACAACGCCUCUCCAGCGUGGUAUUAUUCGCCACACGAUUCUGGUUUUGGAUCUUUCAAUUGCGAUGAUAGAGAAGGAUCUUCGUCCGACGAGACACCUUCUUACAAUCUCCUAUACCAUUGCUUUCAUCCGCGAGUUCUUUGAACAGAAUCCCAUCUCUCAGCUUGGAAUAUUGGGAAUGCGUGAAGGCUUGGCGGUUCGCGUCAGCGACAUGUCUGGCAAUCCGAAUGAUCACAUUUCUGCUGUGAGAGCACUGCGCAGCACAGAUCCUAAAGGCAAUCCGUCUUUACAAAACGCUCUUGACAUGGCAAGAGCAGCUCUAUAUCACACUCCUUCUCACGGAACUCGCGAGGUCGUGAUAGUGAUGGGAGCUCUACUCACUUCCGAUCCGGGGGACAUCCACGACACAAUCAAAGCUUGCAUCAAGGAUCGAAUACGGGUCAGCAUCAUCGGAUUGGCAGCAAAGAUGCACAUUUGCGCUGAGAUUAGCCGAAAAACAAAUGCUGGAGAUGAAAACUGCUACAAUGUAGCAGUAGAUGAAGUCCACUUCCGAGAACUGCUCAUGGGUAUCACGACACCACCUGUUGUGCGCUCAACAGAUGCAGAAGCCCAGAAACUCAACCAAUCCGCUCUUUUAAUGAUGGGCUUCCCAUCACGAAUCGUAGAAUCCCAACCGACUCUCUGCGCCUGCCACGGGAAUCUCACACAAGGAGGAUAUCUCUGCAGCAGAUGCAAAGCAAAAGUGUGCAAUCUGCCCGCAACUUGUCCCACUUGCGAUCUGACCCUCAUCCUCUCGACACAUUUGGCUCGCUCAUACCACCAUCUCUUCCCAUUACGGAAUUGGGUCGAAGUUCCCUGGCAGCGUGCACGGCAAAUUGGCAGUAUACAAUGCUAUGGCUGUCAGACAGCGUUCCCAAAUCUACAAGAUGCGAUGAAUGGAAACCCUAAGGCGAGAAAAAGAGCAGAGGGAGCCUCGGAGUCAAGCAGGUAUGAGUGCGAGACUUGUCAGAAUCACUUUUGCAUUGAUUGCGAUGUGUUCUGUCAUGAAGUCGUGCAUAAUUGUCCGGGAUGUACGAGCAGAGCUCAUCUCCCUGGCGCUGAGACGGCGAAUGGCGGACCUUGA